GUGUGUUAUGGAAGUAGGGCGAAAGUAGUCUAACUCUUCAAAACAUGGCGGUUGUAGGCGCUGUAUGCAACUUCAGAAGAUGUUCCACAUUUUCUUUGAAAUCUCUUACUUGUGCACGGUUCUUUGGGAGUGGAACCAACCCCUUAUAUCAGAAUGGUCCUCCCCAAGCUAAAUUCUUCCCUGCAUCGGAAGGAGCGAUGCUGCUCCCUGGAACCUUCAAAAACAAAGUAGCCUUCAUCACGGGCGGAGGCACUGGGCUUGGGAAGGGCAUGACAACCACUCUUUCUACACUGGGUGCUGAGUGUGUUAUAGCAAGCAGAAAGCUUGAUGUCUUGAAACAGACUGCAGAGGAAAUCUCACAAAAAACUGGAAAUAAGGUUCACGCCAUACAGUGUGACGUGAGAGACCCAGCCUCCGUGGAGGCUGCUGUCAGUCAACUCAUUAAUGACAUAGGUCUCCCUGAUGUGGUGAUCAACAACGCUGCUGGAAACUUUAUUUCACCUUCAGAGAAACUCUCUGCCAAUGCAUGGAGGACUAUAACAGACAUAGUGCUCAAUGGCACCGCCUACGUGACCCUUGAGAUCGGCAAACGUCUCAUUAAAGCUGAAAAAGGUGCAGCAUUUUUGGCCAUCACAACAAUCUACGCAGAGAGCGGCUCAGGCUUUGUGGUGCCCAGUGCAAGUGCCAAAGCAGGAGUGGAGGCAUUGUGCAAGUCUCUUGCAGCUGAGUGGGGAAGAUACGGCAUGAGAUUCAACAUCAUUCAGCCUGGGCCAAUCAGGACAAAGGGUGCCUUUAGCCGGCUGGAUCCCACAGGUAUGUUUGAGAAGUCAAUGAUUGGCAGAAUACCCACCGGUCGACUGGGCACGCCCGAAGAGAUCGCCAACCUUGCUGCUUACCUCUGCAGUGACUAUGCCAGCUGGGUGUCAGGAGCGGUUAUCCGAAUGGAUGGUGGUGAAUAUGUGUCCAUGGCUGGGGAGUUCAAUGAGCUGAAGAGGGUCACUAAGGAACAGUGGGCUAUGCUGGAGGCCAUGAUUCGGAGCACUAAAGGAUCCUAAGUGAAGUCCAUUCUGAGCGCUGAGUUUGUCGCUCCACACUAGAAUUAAAGACAUCACCUGCCACAUUUUGGUGCCUAUAUAAAUGUCUCUACAGGAGUGAAUGUAUAGUUGUAUUGUUGAAAUAUGGGCAUUUCGUUAACAUGAAAUGGCUUUUUAGCCAUCCACAUGCCUCUUUAAUCAGAGAUGUUGAUAUCUGUUUACCUGUGGGGAUCUCUGAGAACAGUAAAUGCCUGCCUUCUUACAGCAAAUCUCCCCUUUCUCACAGUGACUACAAAAGAUGUCUGAAAGCUUUUGUCUGUUAACACGUUUAACUUUUGUAUCUUUUCAGAAUCCCAUUAAUGAUAAUUGUAAUUAUAAUAAGCGGGGUUGUGUUGUUUUAGGAGGGUCAAUAAACAUUUUCAUAAAUCAUGCAGGCAUCAGACUUUCAUUUGUCACAUUUAUGCAUUAUGCCAUCAUUUUAUCCCGCU